AUGAAGAAAUCAAUAAUUAGACCAGUCAAUUAGCUUUACUCUCCAUCUAUUUCACACUACAGAUCUCAAACAAGUGGUUCUGGUGUAUUUGAUCAAUCUCGUAUAUUGGAAGAAACAACAGAAAAAUUCCAGAGAUCAUGGAUGAUGCUUGAAAGUGUGGAAGAAUUAAAGAGUCUUCGUUAUGCAUUAAAGCAAACAACUACUGAACCUAAUUUUCAUCCAGAAUGUCUAUUAGGUGGUACACUCAUUUCUGGGAAAGUAUAUAAAGUGAAUCCAAUGGAAUUUUAUUAUUGUAAUAUUACUACAAAAGGUUAAAAAUCUCCUCUGAAUUGUACAGUAUAUUGUGAUGGGGACUUUUAAAUAAUGAUAUCUUUUAACUCUCCAUUUCCAACUAAAUUCAAUUGUGAUCAAGUAAUAAAAAAUAGAACAUGGACUGUAAGACAUAAUGGAGAAGAGAAACUUAAUUUAGCAUUUGUUGCUCGUAAAUAAACAGACAUAAAAUUUAUGAUAUAUUAUGGAUAGACAGACUCUUUCAAGAAAUUAAUAAGAAUAUCAAGUAAUCAUGAGAGAGUAUAAAUGAGUGAUGAUAUACCAAGAAUGCCUUAAUUUAUAGUUAAUCAAAAUAAGAUACAGGCAGUUAAGAAAGUAAAUAAAUAUGAAAUGGAAGUAAGUAGAUCUGAUCGUUUCUUAUAAGUACUCAAAACAAGAAAUUUACAAAAGAAAGCCAUAAUAGAAGCCAAUUAAUAAAAAAAUCUUGAUUUUUAAGCUAAAGAAUGGGCUCAUGAUGAAUAUAAAUUGAUUACAUUAACAUUAAGAAAUAGGGAAAGAAGAAGAGAAUAGACUUUUCUUUGGGGUGAAUUGUUACAUUUUAUUAAGUUAGUAGAUAAUUUAAAUUAUAUAUUGUAAUAAAGAAGGAAAUAGUUGAAGAAAAAUAAAAUGAUGAUUAUAAGCAUUUAAUUAAGAAUGAGAAAGUUUAGAGAGGAUUACAAAUUGAAUCGUGAGGAUCUUGGUUAUAGGACAGUAGGACAAACAAUGAUGGCUUUGACUAUGUUCUGUAAGUAAUCAAAGAGGAGAAUCAUUCAUAAUUCAUUGAUUCUUGUUUUACCACUUUUGAAAUGGCGAGCUAGUUUAUAUUUACUUAAAAAGAAGGCUUUGAUUACAAGUGGUAAAUUAUAAUUAAUAAGAGUCAAUUUAAAUUAAUUUGUAAAGAAUGUUAGGGAAUACAAAGCAAGAAUGAUUUAGAAAUGGGAUUAGUAUACAAUGAAGAUACAUUAAUAUUAAUCUUUGCAUAAAGCUGAUAAGAGAUUUUUAACUUGGGUUAAAUUUCUAUAUGAGAAAGGAUACUAAAUAUAUUUUUAGAAUUUAUUCAUCACUUUAUUAAUGAGAGAGAGAUAUCGAUCUCACAUUAAGGAAUAAAGAGAAAUAAUGAAAUACAGGUAGGAGAUGAAAUCUGCAAAGUUGCAAUUAAAGUUUGUUAGAGAAACUGUAGAUAUCUUGACUUUACGUUAGAGGAUAUUUAAAUUAAGCAAUGACAUUUAUGCUAUGUAACUCAAGAAUCAAUUUUUUAUCCAUUCUGAUGUAGAGAGAUUCGUGUCUUCCAUUAUUGAAUAGAGUUCUUUCAUCUUUUUAGAUGAAGAUAACAAUCAAAUGGGUCAAGAAAAGUCAUCUCGUCUUCGUGUUAGUUUGAAGAGAUAAAAAACUCUUCGUAUCUCUAGAAAAUCUUGA